UAAUUCUGAUUCCGUUCAGAAUUAGAGAGAAGUUACUUCCGCCUCCAGCGAUGACGCGAAGGCCGACGAAGAAGAGGAAGGAGCUGAUUGUGGAACAGCAGCAGCAGCAGCUCGCGCCUUGGUAAGUUAAUAGCAAAGUGCGCGAGGCAGGAAAGCAGAAGGUUCUCGGCGGAGGGAUUUUCGGUGUGUUAAAACGUUUCCCGUCUCGAAAUGGGGAGAAAAACUCGCUAUAGUUGACGAGGAGAUUCUUAAUCCCACCGUGGACUUAUUCGGGUUUGAGUGAAUGGCUUAACGGGCGAGUUGUGAGCAGUUCAACAUGAGGGACAUGACGGUGUUUUUAACCAACAACAACAGCAGCAGCAGCAGCAGGAGGACAAGAUGGCAGCUUAUAACGAGUGUUGAGAGGCUGCUGAGGGUUCAAUAUUAGACCCCGAACAUGUCUCUGUUGUCCUACUACCGUCGCUGGCUGUGAAGGUAUGGCCUCACAGGUUUUGGUCUGCCCACCACAUGCGCAUCAGCCCCAGACAAGUGCCUUUAUCAGCGUGAGGAAAGUGGAGGCCUUUGAGAAGCCUCCUCGCACCUACGUGGUCGGCGUAAACUUGGGCAUCGCGCAUCCAACCAAUAUCGCCACUCACUCAUCUUUAAAGACACACGUGCAGGAGGGCGAGGGAUAUUCGUUACAGACUGCGGCUCCCAGAGAGCCGCGCAGAGGGAUUUUUUCCUCCUACAGGUGUGUAGGAGAGGAAGAAGAAGGAAAGGAAGAGGAAAAGGAGAAGGAGAGCAGUGAGACGUUUGACGGAUGUGGGUUUGAACGCAAAAAAGACAAGGAGCAGGGCAGCAGCGCAAGGACCAUGCAGAUUGUAGAGGAACAUCCGGCGUUGCCGGCCAUGCUGCAAAGCAACGUGGGCAGCACGGUGCCCUCCAAUCAGAACGUGGCUGGCACAGGGGGUGCAGCCAAUGAUGGGGACUACCAGCUUGUGCAGCAUGAGGUUCUGUGCUCUAUGAAGAACACGUACGAGGUGCUGGAGUUCCUGGGACGUGGAACGUUCGGCCAGGUUGUGAAGUGUUGGAAGCGUGGCACCAAUGACAUUGUAGCUGUGAAGAUUCUGAAGAAUCACCCGUCAUAUGCACGCCAGGGUCAGAUCGAGGUGGGCAUCCUGGCACGUCUGAGCAGCGAGAAUGGCAAUGAGCACAACCUGGUACGUGCCUUCGAGUGCUUCCAGCACCGCAACCACACGUGCCUGGUGUUCGAGAUGCUCGAGCAGAAUCUAUACGACUUCCUGAAGCAGAACAAGUUCAGCCCGCUGCCACUGAAGGUGAUCCGUGCCGUGCUACAGCAGGUGGCCACGGCGCUCCGUAAGCUCAAGAGCCUCGGAUUGAUUCAUGCAGAUCUCAAACCUGAGAACAUCAUGCUGGUGGAUCCACGCAGGCAGCCGUACCGUGUGAAAGUCAUUGACUUUGGCUCGGCCAGCCACGUGUCCAAGGCCGUGUGCUCCACCUACCUGCAGUCGCGCUACUACAGGGCCCCGGAGAUCAUCCUGGGUCUGCCCUUUUGUGAGGCCAUAGACAUGUGGUCACUGGGCUGCGUCAUCGCGGAGCUGUUUCUCGGCUGGCCGCUUUACCCCGGAGCUCUGGAAUAUGACCAGAUUCGCUACAUUUCUCAAACUCAAGGGCUGCCUGGCGAGCACCUGUUAAACGUGGGGACGAAAACCACCCGUUUCUUCCGCAAGGAGACCGACUCACCGUACGCAGCCUGGCGGCUGAAGACGACGGAGGAGCACGAAACAGAGACCGGAAUGAAAUCGAAGGAAGCCAGGAAGUACAUCUUCAGCUGUCUGGAUGACAUCAGCCAUGUAAACCUAGUGAUGAAUAUGGAGGGCUGCGAUCAGCUUGCAGAGAAAGCAGACCGGCGUGAGUUUGUGGAUCUGCUCAAGAUGAUGUUGAUGAUCGACGCCGACCAACGCAUCGCUCCUUCAGAUGCUCUCAACCACCCUUUUGUCACUAUGCAACACUUACAUGACUUUCCACACAGCAGCCAUGUGCAGUCGUGUUUCCACGUCAUGGAGGUUUGCCACUCGAGGACCAACGCGUUCGAUGCUGUGAACCGUAACAAAGCCCCACCCCCUCUCAUGAAACCUGUCACGCUACCCAGUGGCCCCAACAUCGCAGUCUUCAACAAAAUCCCCUCCAUGCACUCACAGGCGUUGGCUCCACCUGCACCACCUGUGGUACACCCUGGUAUUCCUCUGCAGACAGGAAGUGCACAGUUUGGGUGCACCGACUCGUUUCAACAAACCCUCAUCCUUUGUCCACCAGCCAUUCAAGGUCAUUUUGCAGGAAUCGGGUCCAACCCAAACCAGCCGUCAGGGUAUUCGGUGCGGAUGGAUAAUACGCUGCCACUGGUGACUCAAGCGCCGGCUAUCCAGCCUUUACCUCUCAGACCGGGAGUCAUAGCGCAGCAGCCGUGGUCCAACAGGACUCAGCAGAUCCUGGUACCAACAUGGCAGCAGGUGCCUCCUCCACCCACCACGCUGCACUCCGACACUGUCUCCUGCUCCCAGAGGAGAGCGGACUGGGGGAAAGUGCGGUCAUACACCAGUCAUUAUGGGUCCAUGAUGCCGCAACAACUUGUGCCCAGUCAGAUGGCUGUAUCUGCGCACCAGCACAUGAACAUAGGCAUUGCCCAUGUGGUGUGGCCUCAGACUACAGCCAACAAGAGCACCAAGCCCACCCAGAACAGGAGUGGGAAUAUGUCGUACUACACAGAAACGCAUACUUCAGUGUGCCUUUCACCAAAGAUGCAAAGACAGGACAACCUGCGAAACCCAGAGGCAGGGCUUAGGGACCGGGAGGUGGAGUCACAGCCCAAGAAGCAGCCAAACCACAUAGAAGAGACAGAGGAAGAGAGCUACUGUAGGACGAACGAGCAAGGCUCUGAAGAGCAGCUAUCGGCAACCAAUCAGCAACGAGAGUCUGUCGUUAUUGGCAAAUCACCAAGCCCGACAGUUAGCGUCAUUAGCAUUAGCAGCGAUUCAGAUGAGGACGAGAGGGACACAGAGCAGAGGUGUUCCUCCAACACAUGUAAGGGCAGUCCAGAAUGUGAGGCAUGUAAAGGGUCUCUGAACAUGGAGCGUGUGUGUUCACUCAGCAGCCCAGACAGCAGCCUGAGCACAAGUUCCUCAGCUUCAGCUCAGUCCAGUCCCUCACCCUGCAAGAGACCCAACAGUAUGUCUGAGGAUGAUGGUCAUGAAAGCGGCUGUGACACGGUGGACGGCUCGCCGGCAUCUGACUCGCACAGCAGCCCGUUUCCCGAGCGACACUUUCUGAACACCAAUCAAAAGCAGGAAGUCGAUAUGCGGCGGAGCAACACGCACACAGAGGCCCAAAUAAAACCGGUUAUUAGGACUGUAGUAGUGCCACCGCUCAGAGUGUUUAACAACAAUAACAACCAGCAGCAGCACAGCAACACAGUGUUCGAGGCAUCAUGCCAGUUGCGAGGACGAUGCGCUCCCGGCCGCAUGAGUCUGCACACCACUCCGAGUUUGCCUCGCCAGCACAAGAUCACCUCCGCAUUCCAGCAGCAGCCACCUCUCGGCUUUGGCCAGGUCCAGCACUACAGCUCCUGUCACAAGGAAUGGAACGGCAACUACACCCAGCCUUGUCGUCCACAGGCCUUCAUCCCUCCCAUGGUGCACGGCCACACCUUCCCUCACGCCAGCCCCACCCACUCGACCCAGGCCCCUCCCCCAGCCCCUCCCGCCCUGCUCUCCUACCCUCCUUCCGCCCCCGUCGCCCACCUGCUGCCCUCCCCGCGGCCCGUCCUGCAACCUGCUUACAGUCUGGUGCCUCGGGGCAUCAGCAUGGGCAUCAACCCGGGCAUCAACCCGCUGCACUCGCCGGCCGCCUUCAGAGCCCUGUUCACACCGCACUCCUAUGUAACGUCCCCCGCCUACACAGGCUUCCCUCUCAGCCCCACCAAAAUGCCCCAGUACCCCUACAUCUAACACAUACACAUGCACACGCCAACUCCAGGGGUCCGUACUGCUCUGACUCCCUCGUCUCCAAAAAUCGUGGAGUUUAAUGCGUUCCAAACAGAUAUCAUGGAAGAAGAAGAAAAGGAAAAAAAACGCUUGGUAUAUGAAUUAAUACAUAACUCACUUUUUCUGCCUUUUGCACAUUUGAUAUUGAAAACAAAAAAUAAUCCCUGCACCCCAAACCCGCCGCACCCCGAGUCAUUAAAUCCUUUCCUGUAUACGGGGCCGCGACGGGAUAUCGUCUCCCCCUCUAUAGCUAUUUUUCUACAUUGCCUUCUAAAUGUGACUCAGUGAAGCCAUCCCAGUCUGGUGGUAAAGCCUAUACACACAACCGAGUGACUUCCUCUUGUCGGUGUCUGUGUGUUUUUUGUUUUUUUUUGUAACAGGCUCAUGCCCCUUCGUUCCCAGUGUUAACUCCUGUACCACGUCCCACAUUUUAAGGUUACUGCACUCUGUAUGGAGGAAACGCAAGACUCAGAACUCACUUUGUGUCUUUUUUUUUUUCGGAGUGUAACCUGAUCCCUCCAAAAAGUGCCUUAUGGAAAAAUAAAAAAUAAAAAUCAUGUCUGUGCAGGGGUGUGACAUGACGCUCGCAUUCACAUGACUACAACAGGACUGCAGCACUUGAAAUUUCACCCUUUUUUUUCUCUUUAUUUUAUUUUUUUUUUUCUACAUCAAGUCGGUCUUUUAUUUUGUCCGGAUUGCAUUUUGGUGGCUUUUGUUUUCUCAGUAAGUCACAGCGGAGCUGUACAUCGAUGUUGUGUAAAGUUGAAGGAGAAAGAAAAAAAAAAGAAAAAGACGUGCUCUUUUAUCUCAAAGCUGAAUCGGAACGACACGAAUGCGUUGUGUACAUUUUUAAUUCUCCCUGUUUUUUAUUUUAUUUAAUUUUUUUUUCUCUGAAUUUGCUGUCGUGCUCGUUAUUGAAGUGUUGAGGCUGUGUAACCCUUAUGCAUUUCUUCGAUCCUCUUCCACUCCUGCUGUAUUCAAUAUUUUCUUUCAGGCGUUACAUUUUGACUAAACCUACCCAGCAUGAGGCGGAGUGUUAAAAAAAAAAAAAAAAAAAAGAGAGAGGGAGAAAAUUUCUGGUUUUUCCGUCUUGUCUGCGAGGAAGGUUUUCACAUUGACCUGCUUGUUUUUUUUGGCAGACAAAGAGAUCCUUUCCUCUGCUGCUUUUCAUUUGAAGCGCUCGGUGUCUGAGGGAUCACCGGUGUGAUGUGACGUGAUGCGUUUUGUCAUGUUAUUCAUUUUUUUUGCAUGGAUUUCCUUCAAUCGCCGUAGCAACCGAACGAACUAUGUACCGUUUAGAUUUGAUUCCCUAUUCGAUAAUCAUUUGCUACUCUUUUAAUGAAUACUAACAGUAUUUACACUGUUUAACACAACUGCAAUACAAUCCAUCGUUUCUUGGUGUGUGUGUGUUUGGUUUUUUUUAUUCACUAUUCUAAUUUUUAUUUUUUUAGAAUUAGACGUGUGUUUUUAUUUGAUUUUUUCGGUAUUGGCAUUAACCUGCAGAUAGCUCUUUAAAUCAUUUGACGUGGUUUCCUGUUAGCUUGUGCAGAGAUUUCAGUAUUUAACUGUCGAUCUGUCCUAGUUGGAGUAUUUAGUGCUUUUCUGCGGUGUGACUUGGUCGUGUGCAAUUUAUCCUCACCCCCCACCCACCUAUAAGCACGUGAUGAGAUCCGAGCUUUUUUUUUUUUUUCAGCGCUGGUUGUUUUGAAUUUCAUACAUUCCGUCAGGGAGAAAUCUUUCUUUCUUUUUUUAAACGUGCUUUUGUGUUUUUAUUCAAAAAAAUUUCUUUGCUUUCAUUAUAUAUAUAUAUAAAAAACUGCUUUCGCUACACCAAAGACAGUAAUUGAUUUUCUUAAGCGACGUAGCUACUGUUCUAGCCUAGACCUCAGAUAUUACUCUAGAUGGGGUUUUAUUAAACAACAACAAAAAAGAAAUGUACUCUGUGUAAAGGUUGAGGUUGAUGUUUAGUGUUUUGUUGGUUUUUUUUGUUUGUUUGUUUUUUUGCAAGUUUAAUGAUUUCAUUUAUCCUUGAAUGUACCAUAGAUAAGCUGCUAUUCACUGAUCGCCACUUCGUCAUAGCUGUGAGGGUAAAGUGAUUAACUUUGUUCUUAGCUUUUCUCAUUGUUUUUGUACACGUGUCUUCGACGACCUUAAGAUAGACGUGAGGUUUCUCUUUCGGUUUUACCCUACUGAGCGGCAUGGAAGCGUUUUAAUGCCUGUGUAUAUUUUGCUUUUCUGUUUGAAGUGUCAUUGUAACUACUGUAUUGAGAUUGAUGGAAGUUUUAGUUUGUCGUGUUUUUUUUUUUUUUUUUUUUUUUGGGGGGGGGGUGGGUUUGUGUUCUCUGUUUUAUGAAUUUUCUUUUCGGUUUUUUUUUUCCCUUCCCCUCUUCCGAUUCCUUUUUCAUUUGCAUUCGUGUAUUAUCUGUAGUGUUAAUGGUAAUCUUGGGGCUCAUCAUUGCAUAUGAGAUGCAUAUCGGUGUAUAUCAGAGUACGUUUAGAUAUAUAUUAGUAUCUCGAUAAGGCAUAGCUUGCAGGAUAGAUUUAACUCUUUUAUUUUCUUGUUGUUGUUGCUAUUAUUAUUCAUAUUAUUUUGUAGAUGUGUUUAAUCGAUCGAUUUGCGACAGAGGAUAAACAAAACAAAACGCCCCGCUAUGAAAUCGUACCUUAUUCCGAUUCCUCCAGGGAAGAAGUGUUGCUUGUUUUAUAAUCGAUUGCAGUGCUUAUUGUUAAUCGGCAUGUAUUUCAAAAAGUCUCCAGCAUUUACUUUGGAAUCUGAUUUCAGUCAGUAAACGUUUGUUAGAUGUGAGAUUCCGGCUAUCACGGCGAGCCCGUGUGUCGACGUGGCCGGAUCCCCGGAUGCAUGGUUUAGUUACCGGAGGCCAAUUUUUCCUCAUGGUGUUUGUGUGGAAAUCGUCACACACUCUAUUUCUGCUCUGUCGAAAGAGCAGCGCUUAAACUAGUGCCUUUCAGAUGUGCUUCAGACCUUUAUGUCCACACACAUACACACGCACGCGCACACACACGGCAACCCAGAUCUUCUCGCUUGCGAGGUCAGUUAAAGUGUUGUAGCUUGUGUCGUGUGUUUCUGACUCAUUUGUACCUCUUAGUGUUGAAAAAUUAGUUAUGCACUGGUUUCCAGUAGUGUGUGUGGAGCAUGCAUGUUGUGUGUGUGUGUGUGUGUGUGUGUGUCCACACAAUAGUUUCAUCUUUGGUAGUGUUUGUGUCACUUGGCAGUCCCAUGCCGAACAUGCAAUGCAGUGAUGUCUUCACAAGUGAUUUUUAUUUUUAAAUCCGUACAUUUCAUUUGACUUUUUAGCCUGCGUGUGUGUGUGUUUCUGUUCUAUUUUUUUUUUUUUUUGCUAGUGCUCAGCAACAGUAAUCCAAUAAUGAACUGCUUUCAGGGAUCAGCACUGGUUCGCUGACAUGGUCCUCUGUCCCGUAUUGAAGCUUUACAUUAACACUGUGAUUGUAAUAAGCUUGGGUUAAGCUUCAUCAUCCCGCAGUUUAACACCUUUACCCCCCCCCCCCCCCAUUUUUUUCUUUUCUUUUCUUCACCUCUCUUCUUGAUAAGCAACAAACUCUCUUUUUUUUCGACGGGACACAACCUUCAUACCAAUGAGCACAUUAUUCGCUUUAACGUACUUUUAAAAUUUGGUCCAAAAAGAAACCUGGAUGCAGAAAGCAGCCACAAAAUCAAAAAGAAAAAAAAAACCUCAUUUCACUUUUUCUACACAAUGUAGCACUAGGGACAAGUACACAUCAGAAGUACACACUCCAUGCAGAAAUUACAGCAUUUUUUUUUUUAAGUUUAUCUGCAUUUAGACAAAAUCAACCAAAAACAUGUACGAGAUGGAGAACUAGGGUCAGACAGGUCUGGGAAAACAAUCACUUAGUCAUAUUUUGACAUUUGCUGCUAAAUCUGAAAAUCGCUCUUAAAUUGCAAUGUGUAGUGUUUCUCCCAAACGUUCAUAAAAUACAUUUAGAAUCUCGUUUGAAUUCCGGUGACAUGUAAAUUUCGCCUACUUUUACAUGUCUAACCUGAACUUCUGCUGGAUAAACAGAUAAACAGCUCUACUGCCAAACUAGGAAGAUUUGGACUACAUUUCCUGUUCUUUCCUUCAGCUCUCAGUGGACUACAAUUUUCUUCUUCUCUAUAAAAAAAACAGCUUGGGUCCCAGUCCUGAGUUUCAUCAUGUCAGGAAAUCACACAUACGACUGUUUUCACACACACGGCAUUGAUCUGUGCACGAAGCCACACAGGCAAGGAGAGACGGUCAAAUAAUAUUCGUGCCAUUUGGUAAUUUUUAUUUAUCUUAAAGUAGAAAAGUCCAAAAAAUAUUUAGCAAGACAAACGAGAGACAAAAAAAGCCCUAUUAUUCAGCAGCUACAUCUGAUAGGUUUUCCCAGGUCCCCCCCCCCCCCCAAACACACACACUGAGACUGAUAAAAUACUCUCAUCAUACCAAACAACUGUAUUUGGCUUGUUUUUAUUUCACUGUUCUCUCUCUCUCUCCAUCCAUCUCUCCAUCUUCCCCCUCUCUAUCUCCCCCCCUCCCUCUCUCAGUUGAUUUGUCUGUUUUUGUUCUUCUGUUCCUUUUAGAGAUGUGUACAGAAAUUCAGGGUCUUGGUAUUUGUCACAUGUGCUACUGUAUACCAGUUUCUGUCCUAAUGUUUGGGUUUAAUCGCUUUAGAGCUAUUUAACCUCCUUUUUCCUGCAGAUAAUAUUUUCAUAAGUUGUUAAAUCUCACUGCAAGUUAUCAGCAAAUAGAUUUAGACUUCCUAGUAAGUGGACUUGAUUUACUAAAUUUGAACUGUUACUGUUUUAAUACAUGUAGGUUUUUGUGGCUUUCUAAUUCGUUUUUGCUUCUGAUUUAUUUUUACGCUACAUUAGUUUGCCAUGUAGCCAUUGCACUGUGCAAUAUUCAGUAUAUGAGGACUGGGAACUCUUUGUUUUAUUAUUUUUUAAGUGUCUAAUGUCUCAUACAGUUUUCGGUCGUUAUUUCUCUGGUUCUCAGUGAUUUCUAUGUGACCAAGCCUUAUGUACUUUGUCACAAAAAGCGGGUUUUCCUGGUGACUAUUUGGUGAGUGUCAAAAUAAAGAAAUUAUGGUGUAUUGUCAAAAUUCACUUUGAAUUAAAAUAUAUAUUGCUGCCGGCAA